AAUCCGUUAUGGUCAAAUUAUUGAUUACUUUUCUAUCGGUCCUAGGAGUGAUAUCUCUCGAAAGCCGUAGCACGCACGCAGUGGAGGUACCAUGUGAAAGUUCUGGAAGUUCAAUAGAACUGCAGAGUGUGGAUAACGAUUGCCAAAAAUUCAUCGUCUGUGUUUUAAACGUCGGGACUGAAAUCAGUUGUCCGAAUGAGACCUAUUUCGAUAUUCGGACGCAAAAAUGUGGCACCGACAACAGUCAGUGUGAUCCUAAACAUUGUCACCCUGCUUGUAAGCAUAUUACUGAAAAGGUAGCACAUGAAGACGACUGCACAAAAUACGUGCAGUGUAACGCCGAUUGUACUGGUGAAACGGAAACAUGCCCUGCGGGUUUACAUUUUAAUCCGUUUUUGGAAGUAUGUGAUUCGCCGAAUUUCGCCGAAUGCAUGAUGCAGAUUUGCUCGCAUAAUGUCGUCAACGAUUGGGCGAUUGUAGCAAGCGUCAACAGUUGCCAAACGUAUUAUUUAUGUUUUGGAACUUACGUGUCGCCGCAACACUGCGCAGCUGAUACAUUUUUCGAUCCUGAAAAAGGUCGAUGUGAGCUGAUCUCUGCUGAAAACUCAUGCGAGAUGAAUCGACCUCCUUCGCCUCCUAACUCUGUGAUUGAGCAGUGUCAACCGAAUACGGAACUAUUGUACAUACCAUACCCGGACGAUGCAUCUAUAUACUUCCGAUGUCUGAAUGGUAAUCUAAUGGUACUUCAAUGUCCUGAUGGAUUGAUAUUUGAUUUUGUAAAUCAGGUAUGUUCAUUACCUAUUGAUAAAUCCAUUGAAAUUUAUUGAUUAAUAAAGA